UCUCAAGUUUGCUAAAUGGUUAGAAUUCUUGAGUUUCGUUUUCUAAAAAUCAAAACCAAUAUGAAAUCAAAGUUUUGAGACUAACAUUAAUUUAGGACUUACGAGGAAAACAGUACAUGGUUACUAUUUAGUUAAAAACUUAGACGACAGUUACCUGUGUAAUGAAAAGUGUUUUCAGCAGUAGGGUGGGAAUUAAAAGAAAAUAUAAUGUUAAUUAAUCCAAUUUCUAAAUAGUGGUUUACUUCUAAUAUUAUAUAAAUAAGACUUAGGAUCAUGUCUGGUACAGUAGCAAGUGGUGCAGGCAGCUCGGGCUCGGGAGGUGCAAGUGGAACUGCCAGUGCUGGACCUUCCUCAACUACAGCACUAGGGGGUCUCGGGGGAUCCCUAGAAGAUAAGGAUUGUGAUCUCCUUUGUCCUGUAUGCUUUGAACUAAUCGAUGAAGCCUAUGUGACUCGAUGUGGACAUUCGUUCUGCUACACGUGUAUUGCUAAAUCAGUCGAGCUUCAUAGGAGGUGUCCCAAAUGUGGAGCCGCUCUGGGUGGCAGGGAUCAUUACUUUCCUAAUUUUCUGCUCAAUGAAUUGGUGGCAAGACGCAGAAUGAGAGUUCGUCCGAGUGGUCCCCCAACCGUUCCAAAUGCACAAAAUUCACAUCAGGAUGCAGAAAGACUGAGAACACUCCUUGCCAAUGAAGCUCGGCAUCUAGCAUUAUCGGAUGUGGAGGGAAUGUUAGAUGUACUCACACGCAGAAAGAGACUGUUGGAAGCAGAAUCGGCUGCGGCCCAUCAUAGAUUGCUCUAUGAGUUUCUGUCCCAACUACUCCGAAAUAGGACACAUCAAUUGGAACAAUUGACAAGAGAAGCUGCUUUAGUAAAAAAGGACAUGGAGCAUGUAGCGGGGGUGCUGCGCGACCUCCGCCCCGGGGAUGGCUCGUCCUUGUCCCCCGCCGACUCUAACGCUCCCACUGACGGCCCCAGGGAUCUCGGAGAACUGCCAGAAGCGCCACGUAGCCCUAGCCAAGAAGAGGAGGAAAGUUUCGCGGGUGCGGGUACGGCGACGUCUGGGGACGCCCAGGCUGCACGCUGGAGGCGACUGGCUGCUCACUUUGAUGAUUUUGUACAGUGCUACUUUGCGCAUCGCGCUGACGAACUGUACUUUCCGGGUUCCGGUGCGGUGACGCCAGCUGUGGCCUCCUCCGGAGACGACCUCGUGCCGCAACAGCAGCCGCCGACCGGCGACCAACAGGCGCCCGAGGUGCAGACCAACCCGGAUCCCGGCUUUGGGGGACUCGAAGCUUUCAGGGAGGACCUGGCUGCCUUCACCAGGUACCGAGCGUUGAGGCCCCUAGCGACGCUGUCCUACUGCAACGAUGCGAUCAACUACAGCACAAUAGUGUCCACGAUAGAGUUCGACAAGGACGACGAAUUUUUCGCGAUAGCGGGCGUGACCAAGCGAAUCAAGGUAUUCGAAUUCGAGUCGGUGAUACGCGACGCCGUGGACGUGCACUACCCGUGCGCGGAAAUGCAGUGCUCGCACAAGAUCUCGUGCGUGUCGUGGAACGCGUACCACAAGCACGUGCUGGCGUCGGCGGACUACGAGGGCACGGUGGGUGUGUGGGACGCAGCCACGGGCGUGCGGACGCGCGCGCUGCAUGAGCACGAUAAGCGCUGCUGGUCGGUGCACUUCAACCGCGCCGACGUGCGCCUGCUGGCGUCCGGGUCCGACGACGCGCGCGUCAAGCUGUGGUCGCUCAACGCCGAGCGCUCCGUGGCCACGCUGGAGGCCAAGUUCAACGUGUGCUGCGUGCGCUUCAACCCGCGCUCCUCCUGCCACCUGGCGUUCGGAUCGGCGGACCAUUGCGUGCACUACUACGACCUGCGGGCGCCGCGCGCGCCCCUGGCGGUGUUCCGCGACCACCGCAAGGCGGUGUCGUACGUGCAGUGGCUGGACGCGCGCUCGCUGGUGUCGGCGUCGACGGACUCGCAGCUGAAGCUGUGGCGGGUGGAGUCGCCGCGUUGCGUGCGCUCGUUCACGGGGCACACGAACGAGAAAAACUUCGUGGGGCUGGCGACGGACGGGCGGUACGUGGCGUGCGGCUCGGAGAACAACGCCCUGUACGUGUACUACGCGGGGCUGUCGCGGCCGCUGCUGAGCUAUCGAUUCGAAGCGGUGCGCGGGUUUCUGGAGCGCGCGGGGCGGGACGAGGAGCCCAGCGAGUUCGUGUCGGCGGUGUGCUGGCGCCGCGCCGCCGAUCGCCCCGUGCUGCUCGCCGCCAACUCGCAGGGCACCAUCAAGGUCCUGGAGCUCGUCUAAACGUUUAUCGUUCGGGUCCUCGCAAUCGACUGGUCUAAGUGUCGAGUGAUAGUUAUGGGAUUUUAGAAUAAACUUUUUGACGCUUACCAGAGGAUUGUGAAGAAGAACCUAAAUACCGUCCGCCCGAUCGCGCCCGGGUCGAUCUUGUCGUGUACCUACCCAUCGUAGUUUGUGACUGUGACGCGCUGUUUUUAUAUCGAUAACGGCGAGCGAGCUUUGAGAGUAAAUAUUACUUUAAAAAUAUAUUACUGACCUUUAAGUAUUAAGUACCGACAUUGUAAUGAUUAUGAAGUAUGCCUUUUGCUGUAAAGAUUCGAAUGUCUCCAACCUAUAAUAUUUCAUUGUAAGUAUAGUUAAAGUAGGUGGCUAAUUGGUGGUAAACUCAAAACCGAUGCAUUUAUUAACUUUAAGAUGAAAGUCAGAAGAAAAUUUAUGCGAUAAUAACUUUGUCCAAUAUUUUAGUACUGAAUACAUUACAUACAUUGUUAAUAAUAAUUGUCAAUAGGUUCAUUAUUAUUUUACUCGCUAAGAGUGAGUUCUUCAUGUAACAGCUCAAUAAUUUUUCAUGGCGAAUAAAAUAAAAAUCGUCUGAUCUCAGUGUAACUGGUGUGGAGAAGUAAAAGCGAAUAAAUUAAAAACCUUAAAAAACUCAACUAAAAAAUAUGGUGCCAGUAACAUUUUUUAUUUGUAAUUUUAUUGUACCGUCCAUAACAUUUAUCACACAUAUUUAUUCCUCUAUGAUCACACGUUAAAUUAUUUACAGUGUGUCUGUUAACCUCUGAGUGCCAUAAAGUCCAGAGUAUAUGACUAUGUAUUAUUCAAUAUAAUAUGAUUUUUACGUAAUAUUUA